AUGUUACCUUUUACAAUUCUUAUACAUAAUACAAAUGCAGCAUCUUCUUCAUUAACAAAUAAUAUUUUAUUAACAAAUUUUCUUGAGAAAAAUUUUCAAUAUCCAAUUCAAUCAUCAUUUAAUCGUCAUGCACGUAUACCAUCAUUAUUAUCAAAUAUAUUUCUUUGGUUAUCUUUUUUCUUAACUAUUAUUGUACUUCAAAUAGGUAAACAUGAAUUAAAUAUAAAUAUAAAAAUAAUUUAUAGUUUAACGAUGUUAUCAAUUGUUAUUAUUUGUUAUAUAUUUAUUUUAUUGGAAUCAAAAGGUUGUAUUGAACAAAUUUUACUUAGAAAACAUAUUCAUAUUGAUAUGAUUAAAAGAGAAUUAGGUUUAAUUCAAAAGAAUUCGAAAUUAACUAAUUAUUUAACUGUAACAGCAACAAAUUAUUUUAAUUCAUUCAAACGAAAAUAUAUUGAUUAUCAAUCAUACGACAAAUCAUUAUAUAUACGUUUUCAAUCAUGUUUUUAUCGUCAUAUUCGAUUUAUUGAGACUCCAUUUAAUAUUCGCCAAUACUAUAUAAAUAUUCCUGAUUUUUCAAUAAAUCAAAAUUAUCUAUGUCAAAUAUUAUUUACAUUUAAUUUAUCAAUUAUUGGUCGAGAUGCUGAUAUUGUACAUGAUGAUAUUAAACAAGAAUUUCAACGUCUUGAAAUGAAAUUAUUUAAUAGAACGAAUGAAAAUGAUAUUGAUGUAAAUUUAAUGAAUAAAUUAGCACGUAUACAACAGCAUAUUUAUUUUCGAUUUAAUGAUAUAAAACAGCAAGAUUUAUUAUUAGGUCAACGACGUACAUGUCUUAUUUAUGAAAAUAAAACGAAUAUAUAUUAUCGAUGGUUUUUAACUGAAAAUAUUUUUUGGAUAAUGACAUGUAUCGGUUUAUCAUGGUUAUUUCGUGCUAUAUUUGCAUGUUUAAUAACAAAAAUUAUCGUUCCUAUUCAUAUUGAAUUAGAAGGUGCUAUGCCUUUACAAUUCUCUAAAAUCAAUCAGGAGGAAAAUAUAAUCAAAGGAAAAAUAUCGAACAAGAUUUAG